AUGGAUGCGGGUACAGCGCUGUACAAUUACAUGAACGGGCUGGAAUCCGAAACCAGCAAGGAGGUGCGGCUUCGACAACCCACGACGUUGGAUGCCGCUAUCCAGCAAGCUACCAUCGUCCACAGUAUCUUACACCCCACCAACCCAAACAAUGCCACUACGACCUCUGUCCCAACCGCCUCCUCAACCGCCGAGCCCAUGGACGUGGAUGCAAUGAAUGUCCUCCUUGCCAACCUUGCCUCUCUAGCCAAAACGACCACCGUCGCCAGCAUCCGCCAAUCCUCUCACCACACCGCUCGCUCGUCCUCACGCCCCUCUCUUCCCAAGCUUGACGCUGCCUCACGCGAAUACAAUAUGCGACAUGGUCUUUGUCAUCGAUGCCGUCUCCCAGGUCAUAUUGCCAAGAAUUGCAGAGGCGAUAGAGCAUUCCAUAAUAUCGAAACGGACUCCCAAGCCGCUGACGAAUCGGGAAAAGACCAGGGCGAGCUGUGA